AUGCAGGGUCAGCCUCGUCAACAGCUGCAACUCACACCUCCCAUACCAGGAGGACCACCUCCUGCAGGAGACAGUGACUCGUUCAUCAUCAAUGACAUGGAGGAGAUCGAUGGGAGUAUCAUGGUCCAAUGCACAACAGUCAUCGCGUGCGCAAGGAGGCUCUACACAUACUUCAACACUGUCGCCUUCUCAUACACAGCUGCUUUCUGGGAUUUCGACCAAUGGCCUUUGAAAUUGGAUUGGCUCGCUCUGCACAGCGUCAAUCUGCCUAUGGCUUGGGUUGGCUAUGAAUACAUUCUUACCCAGGCAUGGAACUGCUUCGGAAACAUACAAAGCAGCUGGGGUGAUCGUGCAAUGGAUAUACGAGCUGGAAUGACCCCGAUAUUGCCAGCUUUCACUGGUUUCAUUCCCCAUGCUAUGGCCCAGGCCUACCCAGAUGCGUCAAUUGUGAAUGGAAGCCAGUGGGACGGCUUCCCAUCCACACUCACAGAUGUGUCCUUCCUCGAGCCAUUUGACCCUCUCUUCACAAUGCUCCAGAUUGGUGAGACCGGCUACCUCGCCAACAUCUACACGAGCGAGUCCUUCUGGACAUCUGACCGCAUCUCUGCAUACCUCAGUGGCAUGCCCAGCAACAACAGCAUGAUUGUGCUCAAUUUGUACUCCGAGGGUAACAUGCCCGAGCUUGUCACUGGUCCAGUCGAGGCGCUUGCUGCAUCGCUGAAUAUAAAGGGCCUGACUAUGGAAGGUCAGGAGGGGAACGAGAUCAUAUAUGACAUCCUUCUCGACCAGGCAUGGUCAUCCACCUCUACCAACCUUACCUCAUACAUGGAGAAGUGGGUCGCCUGCCAGUACUAUGUCGAUUCCUUCCCUUCCACUGCACAAGAAGCAUGGAUGAUCCUCAGUACAACUGUCUACAGCAACACCGACUCAGACAUGCAAUAUCUAGUCGAAGCAGCAACACAGAAUGCCAUCCUCUUAGAUGUACCUGAAUUCAUAUACGACAUCAUGAACAUCGUGAGGCAGCUCCUCGCGAACAGGUUCAUUGAGGUAUACAAUUCAUUCAUAACUGCAUAUGAGGUGUCUGGCGUGACCACCGCUUCCAUUAAUGAAGCAACCAACUGGAUCUCGGACGUGCGCAGCCUAGCAGGGAGCAAUACCACCUAUGCCGACUAUCUCGAAUAUAACGCUCGCAAUCAGAUCACUCUUUUGGGCCCUGAUGGCAAGAUUGACGAUUACGCAUUGAAGCAGUGGGCGGGGCUCUACCUCGCAAACAUCACGCAGAAUGGGACGAGCUAUAAUAGCACGGCCUUGUUGGAUGAGCUUCUGGCAAUUGGUGAGGCCUGGAACAGUCAGAUUUGGGGCCAGAGCAUGGGAGAAGGAUGGAAUGUUACUGGAGAUGCUAUGAGCGUAAUCGCAGAUGUGAUUCAGAAGUGGGCAUGA